AUGUUAGGAGGAACUGGGCAUGUUCUUCAGACUCACCCUGUGAAGAUCUCGCCUUGGCGUAUCUUAGUCGAUCAGGGCGCCAUUACUCAAGCAGUCCUCGACCACGAGUAUCCAGGAUCGGGCACCGAAGAAGACCCCUUUGCGGUGACUUGGAUCCCGGACGACUGUCGGGAUCCCCAUUUAUUCAGCUUUCCCAGAAAAGUAUGCAUCAUGCUUGUGGCCGCAUCUUCGACUCUGAUCGUCUCCUUAGCAUCCUCUGCGUACAGCGGAAGUCUCGAUGAAAUUAUUGCCGAUUUCAAUGUCUCCAGGCCAGUCGCAACACUCGGCUUAUCGUUGUAUGUCCUGGGCUUUGCGAUUGGUCCGUUAUUUUGGGCUCCUUUGAGCGAAGUAUGCGGUCGCCAGAUUUCAUUUUUUAUCAGCUUAAUUGGCAUGGCCGCAUUUCUGGCUGGCUGUGCAGCAGCUCCAAACAUUUGGUCGCUAUGUAUCCUUCGUUUCUUUGCUGGCUCUUUCGGCUCAGCGCCGCUGAGUAACGCUGGAGGGACUAUCUCGGACUUGUUUACAGCCAGACAACGAGGGCUUGCCCUAAGCUUAUAUGCCGCCGCCCCAUUCCUUGGCCCAUCAAUAGGCCCUAUCAUUGGUGGCUUCCUUGGUAUGAAGGCAGGUUGGAGAUGGGUGGAGGGUUUCCUCGCCGCUACUUCUGGCUUUGUUUGGGUCUUGACGACACUCCUGAUCCCAGAAACAUAUGCGCCCGUUCUUCUGAUUCGACGAGCAGAACGUCUCUCGGAGAUCUUGGGCAAAGUUUAUCGAAGCAAAAUCGCCUUGCAGAAAAGCCAACUGCCAUUAAGUGUACUGCUUAGAAGAUCUCUAUCCAGGCCACUAGUAUUAUUAUUUAAGGAGCCUAUCGUUAUGCUCUCUGCGACGUAUGUCGCCAUCGUUUACGGAACGCUAUACAUGCUCUUUGCUGCAUUUCCUAUCGUGUUUGAGGAUAUCCGCGGAUGGAACCCUGGCGUGGGCGGGUUAGCAUUCCUUGGAGUUAUGGUUGGUAUGAUUAUCGGUAUUAUUUGCACAAUUCCUGCCAACUUUCACUAUAUGAAGGUCCAGCAUCUUCAUGAAGGAUAUGCACCUCCAGAGACAAGACUUAUCCAGUGCAUGCCUGGCGCGUUGGCAAUUCCCAUUAGCCAAUUUUGGUUCGCAUGGACAAAUUAUCCCUCCAUCCAUUGGUCGGUCUGCAUAAUCGGCACGGCUCCGUUUGGAUUUGGUGUGAUUUUGAUCUACCUCGGAAUCAUGAACUAUCUCAUCGACUCUUACACCAUUUAUGCUGCGUCCGUGCUGGCGGCUAAUACCGUGUUACGGUCGAUAUUUGGGGCCAUCUUUCCUAUCAUUGCCACAUGGAUGUAUGACGGAAUUGGCGUUCACUGGGCUCCGUCGAUCCCAGCCUUCUUGUCGGUGCUCUGCAUGCCAUUCCCAUUUCUGUUCUACAAAUAUGGUGCCUCCGUCCAAUAG